UCAUCUUCAUUGUUUACUCAGCAGAAUGCUGGCAUUUUAGAAUUAUUUUUCAGGAAUUAUAUGUAUCACUUUAAAUAAUGAAUGUGAAGUACCUACAAGCCAUGAAAAAAUUUCUCUAUGUGCAAAACUACUAAUUUUGAGGCUUUUGUGACUGAUUUACCGAUUGUCAAAUAGAUAAACUUCACUCUGAGAAAGCAUAGCUAGCAUGAACAGUUCAGAGCUUCUGCUUCCCAAACAUGCACCAAGCAGAGAGGAUAAAUCUAGUGAUACCACUAGCAUUUCUAUACAUUCCAAAUUAUGGUCUAAAGCUUCUGUGCUGACUGUUUUUGGAGCUGCUUUGAUUCCAAUAUUCAUUCCAUUUUUUCAUCUGGGAUUGAUAUCGAAAAUAUGGGAGGAAUACAAUUUCCCUGUUGACAUGAAAAAAUGCUCGUGUGACUGCUGGGAUACAAUAUUUAAAGGACCGUAUGACAGAGGCCCGGCAGGCUACAAACAUGUCUACUUCAACAUCACCAGCAACACCUUCAAGAUCUGGAGUCUCACUGUGUUUGCAUUACUUCUUCUUUAUGAGUCUUCCAAGUACAUUUUGAAACUUUUCUUUGAGAGACAGGUACGUGUCUCUAUGUUGGUGUUGCUGCUGCUUAGCGUCUACCCUCACUACUAUGCCUGGUGGUCAUGCUUCAAUUACUGGAAUGAUGAUUUCUAUGACCAAUGGAACCAUCAGAUGUUCUUCUCCAUUACUGAAAUGAUCUCAACACUCAUGGUUAUCCACCUGGUGGACAGACGUGUGGCGGUAACAAGCAGCAAGUGUCUGGUUAUUUUGUCGGUAGCUGUGCUACACAUCCUUGCCUCAGGGUUUGAUCAGUUUGUGGAGAACGUCGUCCGUGGCAAUGGCAUGCUACAUCAGGUGUUACGAGACGUGUUCAUCAUGGUGCCUGAUUUGUUCCACGUUGCUGUACCUCUGCUGGAGCUGCGAGGUGUCGCGCGUCGUCUCCGAGCUCCGUCUGCUGCUCACGUUGUCACCACCCGCCAGUUCUGUGCAUCUCUUGGCUUCAUCACUUCUAUGUGGCUCAUAUCAAGAAUUCUUUGA